AUGGCGUCGGAGGAGGAGGUUAAGAAAGCGUACAGGCAGAAGGCCCUGACUUGUCACCCCGAUAAAAACCCGGACGAUCCCAGAGCAGCGGAAGUCUUCCACCAACUGUCUCAGGCCUUAGCUGUGCUAACAGAUGCAGCAGCAAGGGCGGCCUAUGACAAAGUGAGAAAGGCGAAGCAGCAAGCUGCGGAAAGGACACAAAAACUAGAUGAGAAGCGGAAGAAAGUAAAGCUUGAUCUUGAAGCCAGAGAACGAGAAGCCCAGACCCAUGAAAGUAAAGAGGAGGAGAUCAGGAUAACGAGAUCAUUAGAACAAGAAAUAAUCCGCCUGCGUGAAGAAGGUUCCCGUCAGCUUGAGGAGCAGCAGAGGCUCAUUCGAGAGCAGAUCCGGCUUGAAAGAGAGCAGCACAUCCAAGGCAAGCAAGAAAGAAAUGGAGCAGAAGGGAAAACAACUCCCAAACUCAAACUGAAAUGGAAAUGCAGGAAAGAAGACGAGACGAGAGGGGGAUACUCAAAGGACGUUCUGUUGCGGAUCCUACAAAAGUAUGGCGACGUGCUCAAUUUGCUGAUCUCGAGUAGGAAGACUGGGAGUGCAGUCGUGGAAUUUGCUACGGUUAAGGCUGCUGAGAUGGCUGUGAAGAAUGAAGUUGGCCUGAUAAAUAAUCCUCUAAAGAUUUCCUGGCUGGAGGGCCAGCCCCGGAACAACCCCAGCACUGUCCUUUCUGACAGUGCUAGUCAGCCUAGGACUUCACAGGCGUCGGUGGUAUCGGAACGGGACUACGAGAGCCUGGUGAUGAUGCGGAUGCGCCAAGCAGCAGAGAGGCAGCAGCUUAUCGAACAGCUCAAGCAGGAAGAUGAGGAAGAGUCUCACACCUAGCGUGAGAGUAUGGAUUCUCCCCGCCCCAUCAUUCUUCAUUUCCAAAGCUGUUUCUUAAAUUAAGUCAAUAAACCUCCUUUUUUAAAACUGUUGUAGGAAUACAGACUCCCAGUGACUGCAGCCCUUAUCCCUUUCCAGAGCGGAGUUAAAAGUGGCUGCGUAAGCUUCAGAGGAAGUGUGCUAACCGCUCGGUCUCCGCGCUCACAGCGGACAGGGUGAGAGGUGCUGUCAGAGCACCAAACCCUGGAGCUUCUUUUAAUUCCCGAAAGCUUGUUCAGGAGCUGUGGAUCCAGAGGCUUUGGCAACAACCGUUUAAAACAACCCACAGGAAGGCAUUGGUCUCUUUAGAGAAAUGUUUUAUUGGUGUUACCCCUACAGCAGGAUUGAUACAGUCCCAAACAAUCCAGCAUUGCAGUUGCUGUUAAGACUACAGAGCCCGUACCUGAAAUAUUCACAAGACCUUUCCGUGCUGUUCUCAGGCUGUUUCGGGAGCAAUGUGUUACGCUUGAAGGGCGCUCUUGGGGCUGGAAGUCUGGUGAUGGUGCUGACCACAGCCCCGUUUGGGAGAGAAGCACGCCUUGCUGCCGAGGGAAGGGAUUCUCCAAGAGCACUGCGUAGGUCUAGCAGUUCCCGCUUACGUUUCAGGGAUGAGGUGGUAUGCUGGCCGUGCCUGGCCUCCCCUCCCCGCCCCCCCGGGGCCUGGGGGAAGGCAUGCCCCGAACUCGCAGCUUGGCACGCACCUCGCCGGGGCGGCCCUGAGGAACAGGCAGGCACGUCUGUGCUUUGAGCUUCCUCCAGUGCAUGCUAAUAGGAGAUGAUUAAAAUGUGAAGAGAUGGUGUUUGCCAGGCUGCCAUUCAGACGA